AUGAACGGUGAAGAGGGCGACAUCGGGGAGUGCUUGAAUUCUAGCCCGAAUUUUUCGGGUGAUGCUCCAGCCACGUCCCGAGCGCGAACACUUCCGCUGCCUCAGAAACGCCUCUCCUCGUCUCCCAAGACAGAGGACUUUGACCUUCGGCGCGCCGUCGUAUCCUGGUCGAGCGACCAGAUCAACCACGCACAGCCGUGGAAGGAUUUCGCGGACACCGCAAAAUUUUCGGUUCCGAAGUCGGCCCAGGAGGUUGCCGACCGGAUCCAAUCGAACGUGGGACGCUUCCAGAGUAACUACGGUGUUCUCUUCGUCGCCAUCCUGGUGGGCUACAUCAUGUCCAGCGUGGAACUCGUGGUAAGCGUCGCGGUGGUGGCUACAGUGUGCGCCGCGCUCAAGCUACAUCAGGAUGACGAGUCUGCGGCCGUGUGGGGGACGAAGCUGGUGCUCAGCAAGAACCACAGGCUGAUCGCGGCCACAUUCGUGGCGGUGCCUCUUCUCCACGCCGCAGACAUCUGGUCCGCCUUCCUGUGGUCCAUUGGUGCCAUCGUUGCAAUCGGCACUGUCCAUGCCACUCUGUACACUGGGCUUGGCUCCACAAACAAGUUCGCCAAGAGGGUGCCGGAUAUUCCCGAAGAAGGGGAUAUCAUAGGUCACCAUUGA